AACGGAAAAUUUAGAGCGUUUGUUAAAUAUGGUGUGUGACAGUCAUGAACUAUCGGACAUGCACCUCCGAGUAGACGAACGAAGAUGUCUCAAUGCGCUGAAUAGAAAUAACACCGCGGCCACAAUACGAUUCCCUAUGAAAGGGAAGAUUACCACACGCCAAAUGAAACUUAAUUGCAUGAUACAAGCCGUGCUUGGAUGUCUUCCUAUUCCUGAUCCAUCACUUAAUCAAGAAGCUAUGAAGGUUAUGAGAAUAGCUGACAGAAUUUGUAAAUGCCUAGUAUCGUACGUAACCCGUCCAGAUUUAGUAUCACAACAACCGCAAUAUUUCUCCGCUAUAUUGAACUCAAUAAUUCUGGCCAAGUGCGUGACAGCCCAUUUAUGGGAAAAUUCACCUUUUGUUAGCAAACAACUGAAAGGAAUAGGCCCUACGUUCAGCGCAUUGUUAGCUUCUGCAGGAAAAGUGAACUUUAUGCUAUUAGAAGAAAGUCAUCCGAGAGACUUGGAAAGGGUAAGAUUAUACCGUGAUUUAUUAUUGCAUUUACAUAAACAGGUAAAGAACUUCUGGUCAUGAACU